CGGGGCCUGAAGGAGCCGGGAGCUCCUGCAGCUCCACCGCGUUACUAAGAGACGCGAGGGUCGCGGAGGCCACAACACUUGGCCUCUCGCUGGCCCUGCCCGCGGAUCCCGAGUAGAGAACGAGAGCACCCACGCCCGCCUGCAGGCUCCCGGGCGCCCCCGGCCUCUUCUGCUCGGCGGAACGAGGAUAACCCCGCAGAGCCGGACCCAGGGAUAUUAUUGAUAAUAAGGCCUCUGUAACCAUGGCUAGUUCUGACGUAAAACCAAAAUCAAUAAGUCGUGCCAAAAAAUGGUCAGAAGAGAUAGAAAAUCUGUACAGAUUUCAACAAGCAGGAUAUCGGGAUGAAACCGAAUAUAGACAAGUGAAACAAGUUUCUAUGGUAGAUCGUUGGCCGGAGACAGGAUAUGUGAAGAAACUUCAGAGAAGGGACAAUACGUUCUAUUACUACAACAAACAGAGGGAAUGUGAUGACAAGGAAGUCCACAAAGUGAAAAUUUAUGCUUACUAGCCUGUCUUCUUUGUAUUACUUGUCAAUUAUAUUUUAAGAAUUCAUCAUUUCCUUCUACAUCGUGUAAAUGUUUGUCAUUUUAUGAAAUAAUUCAAGAUGCAGUCUUCAGUUUAAUGUUUUGUGAAACACAAAAGCCAAGAGAAUUGGUAUCUGCUAAUCACCUUGUCCUGUUCUAAGAACUGGCUGCAGAUGCAUUAAAGUUGUACUUUCUUGGUCCUGC